AUGACAACCCAGUUCCUGCAACACCCCUCAAACGCGCCGAAUAUCGUGCAGGAUCGCGGCGUCGGACAGGGGGAGGCACAAGAAGUUAGAAGAGACGUGUCAUCACCGUUGUCAACCUUACCCAAAUACGAUAACCGCGGAUACACGUCAGAAUAUAGCCGGGAGAACGACGGGACGACAUCUGAUUCUUUGACCUCAAUUGCAGGCGAGCCCACAAAACUAAUCAUCAACAAUCCCAUCUCCAAAGUAAUGCCCUCCAUAUCUUCGUCGCUAUGUAGGCUGGGAUGGGUCGCGUUACGCCCACUGGGAGCGACUCCAUCGUCAGAACUUGCACGAGAGGUGUAG